AUGCUUGGAAAUAUGAUUGAAUUACCCAAAGACGAGGAUACAGCGGAAAAGAGGGUGGAAAAAAUCUUCCAGUAUAUGGAUAUAGUGAGUGGAAUUCAAAACAUUGCGUUCAGUGUAGCCGGAUUUCGUCUCAGGUGGCAUGAGAAUCGCGAUGGGAAGUUGUCAAAGGAAGAAUUCUUAUACGGAUCGAAAAGAGACGUUUGGAUUGUAAAGGCUUUAACCUUGGACGGCAGCAGUUGA